CUGUGUUUUGAUUCAAGAUGGCGGCGAACUUGGAAAGAAUUCAACAGCAAAUUCAAACCGAAGUAGAAAAGUUUAAAGGAAUUCAGAAAGAUUUACAAAAGUCAGUUGUGACAAGACAGCAACUUGAUGCCCAACUAGCAGAAAACAAUGUUGUUAAGGAGGAACUAGACAAAAUUGAGUCAGAGGGAAAUGUGUAUAAACUAAUAGGACCUGUAUUGGUUAAACAAGACUUAGAAGAAGCAAAACAAACUGUAAGCAAGAGAAUUGAUUACAUAUCAGGAGAGAUGAAAAGACAAGAUACACUCAUUAAAGACAUGGAAAAGAAGAAAACAACAAGUAGAGAUGGCUUGAGCAAAUUACAGCAAGAUUACCAACAAGCACUAACCAAAGCAGCCAUGAAGGCUUAAUAUAUUGGAAAUAGGAUUCAGUUUUUAGGUCAUCUUUGCAAUAUAUGUGUGUGCGAGUUGGUUUAUUUUUGCGUGUAAACUGUUGAAAUACAAUAAAAAAUCAACUACAGUC